AUGCAAUCUGCCAAACUUCAAACAGGAUACACAACAAGAAAAAAUACAACAACACAAUCUAAUAUUCUCAAUACAAUCCACUCUACCAUGUCAACCACAACAACCUUGUCUCCAAAUUUUCAACAACUCAUGCUCGAAAUGAUCAAUGCUUGUGCCAUGAACGAUCCCAAUGCUUUUCUCAACAGCUAUCAAGCUCUACAACAGCAAUUUCAAUCAUGUCCACAACAAUCAUCCCAAACCUCGGAGAAACAGUGUCCAUCAUCGGAAUCAAAAAUUACCUUCGUCCAAGAUUCCGAAGACAAGAAAUCGACCAAGAAAGUUUCCAAACGAUAUACAAAAUUAAGAAAACAAUUGAAGUCAUGUGAAAAUUUCAAGGAUAAUUACUUUGUUUUCAGUACGACGACACAAACGACGAAAGAUUCAGGAAAGAAGAAGAGAAAUGCAGCCAAGAAGAGAAGCAAGGAAAAUGAUUCUUCUUCGACAUCUGGCAGCGAUCAUGAAGAAUCUUCUCGAGUGACAAGUGACUCCAAGAAACGAAAAGUUACUGAAAUUUCAAACCAAAAUAACUCUUCCGAUACAUCUUCUGCCGUGUUGGACUCAUCCACGGAACAACAAUAUCAACAAUUGAUGAAUAGUUGGAUCACUCUUCAACAAUUCAUGCAAUCAUCAACAACUGAGACGACGUGUGAAACAAAUCCAUCAUGUGAAAUAAUCGAAGAACAAGCAGUGCCAAAUUUCUUUUCGAGUCAUGACAUUUCGGAAAGCUCAGAGUUUGACUCAAUUUUCAAUAACCCAACUGAUUUUGAAUUUUCUUCCUCAUCCUUAAUUGACCUUCCAGAAACAAGUGACUUUUCCGAGCUCUUCUCAGAAUUUCUGUAA